AGUACGGUGCGCAUGCGCUCGCCACACUAUAGUUGAAAGCUGCUGUGUGCAAACGUCUACAAUGAGGAGCGUGUUAGUGUGUUGUGUGAUUCUAACGAUCACAAUAUCCGCUUCGUGUUUCACAAGAAAAUCUCACCCAAUUAAAGCAACACAGAUAAGAUGCAAUAAGAAAUUAAUGAAACGAGAUGCAGUAGUAUUAUUAGAUACUCCACCUUUAGAUAUAGACCCAGUUUAUAAAAUACAUCCUAUAAUAGCAUUCAGACGGCUAUCAAGAUCUAGGUUGACACCCCGGCCUAUACAGUCUCCAAGAGUUCACAAGUCAACAAAGAAAUACAGGAAACCAAUCAAACCAAAUCAUACCCCGAACAAGGCUUAUAGGAAAAGAGUAAAAUCUAAAUAUUACAGGAAAAGGGUGCUUGCAAAAAACAAAAACUACCCACCGAAACACAUACCACAUUAUUCAAUUUACCAAAGUGAAGGAUUUGGUGAGCCACCGUCAGAUUUAAAAUCGUACAGUAAAAAUCAAGCAUACGAAACACGCCAAAAACCUUAUAAAGAAGUUACAGAUUCGUACGGAGAGCCAAUAAAAUCAAGCAAUAUUGAUCAUUAUCCACCAAUCCAGCACAAUCAAUUCCAUAAAGAACCAGAUUUAAGGCCAGGUGUAGGCUCUUGGCAAGAGUACGAGCAGCCAAAUGAUAAUGCGUACGCAUUUUCCAAGAAAUUCCCUGAACAAAAGAAACCAGGGACAUUCGAAAUUCCAGAUAUCGAUGAUGAGGAAGAUAUGAAAUUGGACAACAGUUAUUAUUAUUAUUGGUUACAAGAUAAACCAAGUUUCAAUAUGGAACAGAGUAAACUUGUAAGGAUGCCAUGGAAAGUAACAAAAAGGAUAAGGGAAGAUGAUGAUCUUCUAGUUGGUGGCCAAUACGCUGAACCUCCAGGAAGAUAUGUACCGAAAUUUCAACCCAGUGCUCCAAUGAUUGAUAACGAUGACGAUUUUUCACCUCCACGAAGAGUUAAUCCUGAUGCUGCCCAAUCAGCUACUAUAUCUCCAUAUGUCAAUUACAAACAUAGUAACAUGGCGUUCAGUCCACAAAAUUUGAAUGACGCAUUUAGUAUAGUAGAAAAAUAGUAUAAGUAUUGAUAAGUAAUAAUUGUAAGGUUAGUUUUGUUCCUUGUAUUCAUCUGCAUUUCUCGCAUUUUUAUGUAAUUUUUUGCUCAAAUUUUAAACAUUAUUUAGUACCUACUUUAACAUGUUCAAAUUCGUCGGAAAUGACUGUAUAAUAAUAUCGAUAGCUUUUAACAACAGAAUUUUAAUUUAGAUCUUAGUAGAACAAGUUAUUUUUGAAUAGAUAUGGAUGUGGCACAGUCAUAAAGCAACACCGUACCGUAACGGAAGCCCCGUGUUGCUCUAUGGGCACAGUGUACAUUGUUUUCAAUUUUGUCAGCAUUAUACCUAAUGAAAAAUGUGAAAUAAUUGCGCUGUGUGUGACAUCGAGACAGAUUAAUAUUCUUACAUUUUGUUUGACCGUCAAAAAAGAGCUGAAUAUUGAUAACUUUUAAGCCGUCGCGGUAGCACAAGGGAAUCAACAAAACAACAUCAUGAUUCCUCCUUAAUUAGGUCUGUUAUGCACGAUAAAAAUUACUUUGCAAAUUUACUACGAGACAACGCUUCGAAAAUUCUAAGUAGAACAAAAUUUUAUUCCAUGUAAGAAUGAGGACUUUGGAGAUAACAAUCAUAUUAAUUCUGUUGAAUAAGUAUUUAUUCCAUUUUUAAACUAUAAUUCGAAUUUCACAUGUAAGUCCAAUCGCAUACUAUAUUUGUAUGAAUUACGACAUGUACAAAGUUUUAUAACUUAUUUAUACGUUUCUAUAUUUAUCAUUUGGUUAGACAAACUUGUGUUGUGCAAUGUGUAAUUAAUAUUAAUUAAUUUUGAUAAGGUGUAAAGUAUUGCCCACAUUAGGUUAAGGCAAAUAAAAUUAAUUA